UCUUUCAAUAACUUCUAAAUGAUUUGAAAAUUCAAAGCAUUUCACAAACCCUGAAAACUGGCACAAUAAAAUUUUAAGCAACACAAAUUUUUUCUUAAAAGUGUGUAAAAACUAAAUUUAUAUUUUCCAAAAUUUACAAUUUUGUAAUGGGCGAUGGCGGCUACAAUCCCUAUGACAACCGCGAUGUGGAGAAGCCACUAUCGACUUGUGAGGCUUUCAUGACCUUACUUAAGUGCGUUAUUGGCACUGGCAUUUUAUCCAUGCCCUUGGCCUUUAAGUAUUGUGGCAUUAUUGGAGGCGUAGUGAUGACAACUCUCUGUACUGCCCUAGUCAUUUAUGGAAUGCAACUACUGAUAAAGUGUAUGAUUGAAUCCAGCCGUCGCAAUCAGGUAGGCUAUAUGAAUUUCCCAGAAACAAUGGUAUUUUCCUUUAGUGUGGGCCCAAAGUGCUGUCAGUCUAUAUCCAAGGGAGUCAGCCCGUUGGUGGAUAUUAUUUUGUGUAUUGCGCACUAUGGUGUCAACGUAGUGUAUCACGUGUUCGUUUCCAUACAUUUCAAGGAACUUUCAGAUAUUUAUAUAACUACCUGCGAUUUAAGAGUUGUUUGUGCUAUAGUUGGGCUUUUAUUCUUGCCCCUGUUUCUUGUGCGUCAGCUGAAGUAUCUUGUGCCCUUCUCGAUAAUUGCAAAUAUAUUGAUCUACUUAAGCCUCUGCACCAUUUGCUAUUAUAUGUUCAGAGGCUUGCCCAACCUUAGUGAUAAUCGUAUGCUGCCCUUAAGUGUUUUAGAUAUCCCCAUAUUCGUGGGAAUCGUCAUGUUUGCCACGUCGUCUGUCGGUGUGAUGCUGGCUGUUGAGGCCAAAAUGGCUAAGCCUGCCCUUUACUUGGGUUGGUUCGGUAUUUUGAGCUUGUGUGCCGUCUUCGUUUGCCUCACGAAUAUGAUUUUCGGAUUUCUUGGCUACUGGCGUUAUGGUGAUAACAUAGCCGCUAGUGUUACCAUUAAUCUGCCCGGGAAGGAAAUCGUCGCGCAGCUUACUAAGUUGGGCAUUGCACUUGCUGUCUAUUUUACCUACCCUCUGAGUGGCUAUGUUCCCAUAGAGAUCAUCAUGAACCAUUAUCUGAAUAAAAAUGGCAAACUGAAGCAUCCCCAUAUGAUUGAGUACAUAAUACGCAUUGCUUUCGUAAUUGUAAUUACAUUGAAUGCCAUUGCUUUUCCGAAUUUGGGUCCACUCGUGGCGUUGGUUGGUGCCUUUGCUAUAUCCCUACUAAAUCUAAUAUUCCCAUGCUGUAUAGAAAUGUGCCUUUUAUAUCACGAUUCGUAUGGAAGACUUAAGUGGAUAUUAAUCAAGAACAUUCUUAUGAUCAUAUUUGGGAUGUUUGUCCUUUGUUAUGGCAGCUAUAGUGCUAUUAGGGAUAUGGUUCAAGAUUAUAGUCGCAAAUAAGAAGCGAAAACAAUAUCUACCUUGAAUGAUACAGAAACAGCGUCUUCUAAUAAGAUCACCAAGAAGAAUCAAAAUAGUGCACAUGCACUUUCUUUUGCAAAAUAUGCCCCUUUACUAGAAAAUACUCUUUUAUAUCUACUGAAUGCAGCUAUUUCCAUAUGUUUGGCACAUUUUAUAGGUGGAUAUAUUUAUUACAUGACAAGGCCAGAGAAUUACUUGGGAACGUUUGGUGUGCUGUUGUUGUUUUUUAUGCAUCCGUGGACUUUUUGGGCUAUUGGUGGCAGUUCGGGGAUGAGACCUCUAGUUCUAUAAUCAACAAUCUACCCACCGAUGAAACCGUUCACAAUAGCCAUAUUUUAUAGCUACGCGCUGCAGUUACCAUUGAGAUAAUCUGGCGCUGCUAUAUGAAGCCUAGACUUAUGGCGAAUGCCACCAAAUCGGUAGAGUAUCUAUUGCGCAUGGUCAUGGUAGUUGCCUUCGUUCUUUGUGCCAUUGCAUAUCCAGAUUUUGGUCUACUACUCUCCUUCGUGGGAUCCUUCUGUCUGGCUCAGCUGAGAUUUAUUUAUCCAUUUAUUUAUCCAAAUAUGACAAUCAAAUCUUAUUUUUUCUAAGUGCUUUUCACAUAACCACAUAAAAUGUGAUUUUGUAUAUUCCAAAAUUUAUAAAACUUUUCCAAAAAUGUUGGUUAUUAAAAAAUCAUAUUUAAAUCCUGGAAAA